AUGGGUGUUGAGCUGGAGGGUGAGGAGAAGGAAACAGAUGAGGAAGAUGGCCAAAGAGAGAGUGACUCUGACUUUGACCCAGAGGAAGAGGAGGAUGAGGGACUGAGAGAGAGUGACUCUGAAUUUGACCCAGAGGAGGAGAGAAGAAACCAGCAGGACCAGAAGACGUUCAGUGGUGCCGCUGGAGAACUGGACUCCGGGGACCUUGCCAGCAUCCGGCAGAAAUUCAAACACUCCAAACGCCAUAUGGUCCUCUGUCCUGAAUGUGGCGUCCUGUACACCACCAGGCUGAAACACCAUAAGUGUGAACACAAGUUCAUGUUCCGCUGUCCAAACUGUGAGCAGGGUUGUGACGCGGCUGGACAAGCUGACCCACGAAGACCCACAGAUUCAAAAAUCACAGAUGCUACAGCUGCUCAGUGCCCACUGAGGUUUGACAACAUCCUCAUACGGAACCGCCAUCUCAGAGAGCACAUGUUCAAGAAACACAUCUGUCAUACAUGUUACAAGGAAUUCGACAAAGGUCACCGCCUAAAGAGGCACGAGCUGUCCCACAGUGACGACAAACCCUUCAAGUGCCAGCUCAGCCAGCUGAAGUCCCACCUGCGCGUCCACACUGGGGAGAGGCCCUUCCAAUGCCAGCGCUGCGACAAGAGCUUCAACCACAACGUCAGCCUCAAGAAGCAUGUCAGACGCUACCACAGCCCAGACUCAGGGCUGGACCCUGAUGAAGGCACAGGAGUUGGGGGUCAGGGAGAGAGGGAAACAGAUGGCAGGACUGGGCAGGAGGGAGGGGAGGUUGGACAGAGGAAUCCUCGGCAGCAGGUAGAGCUUACCUUCUGGACUGAGUGGGAGAUGUGGGUUGGAGGAGAGUGA